AUGCCAAAAGAGCAGUAUAUGUGCCAAUUGUGUGCCAAUCAUGGUAUGUUUAAUCAGCCAAAAAAAGGUCACAAGCAAAAAUGUCCCUAUCGUCAUUGUCCAUGCAAUUUAUGUGCUUUAAAUACAAAACGACGUGCAUUGGAUCAAAUUGAACGUCAGUUAAAGAAUGGAUCAACAAAUUUGCAAAUUUCUGCAGAAUUAAUGAACGAUAAGAUAGAUCUAUGCGAUGCACAUUCAACGAUCUUAAAAAGUAAAAAUAUGGAUGCUACAAAUUCUAAGGAUGAUGAUUACGUUACAGCAUUGACAGCUUUAAGAAAAGCCGCUUCAUCACAUCAAUCAGUUACUCCCUUGCGCUCAUUGCCGAUCAAAAACAAUUCAACUAGCGGCGCAUUUUGUGUUGCAUUACCAGCAACAAUAACAAAAAAAGCUCUGAAAAGGACAGCUAAACGUAUGGAUGAAGCAGGAAGGAAAGCAAGAAUUCUUGAAAAUGCAAUCAGUAAUAUUGCACAACGAAGUAGAUUCCGGUCAAUAUUUCAUUCCGUGGAACAGUUAGCCCAAUCCGGUUGA